AUGGUACUUGAGCGUGAUGUGCCUUGCCAAACAUCGAAUCAAGCGCAGAUGAUGCUAUGACAAAGUUCAAAUUUGCUUCCAAGAAGCCAACCGUGGCGUCUUCUUUCUUUUUCCAUUGUCAAGAUGUUGAUAGGUUCUCCAUCAGCCAAGUUCGCAAGUUGGGUUGGGGGUGACCCAUUAAAAGGCAAUAACAAAGACCCAUGAAAAUUCACACAAAUGACUCAUGAGCAUUAUAGGCAGUCUAACAGAUUGGCAAAAUCCCAAGCGCUUUGGUGUCUUGUCAACUCCUGAAAGAAACGAUGUUCCACCGUCGACAACUCAUCCGCCCCUGAGCUACUAAAAAUCUAUAUAAAAAAUAAACAUCAUUUUCAAUGUGCCCCCUAUCUUCUUUGACUUUUUGUUCAUCAUUGUAUUUCACAUAUUAUGUCUGUUUCCGAGCAUCAGAAACCAAGCUAUGGAUUCUCCAAAUUCUUUGAAACCUGGUUUGGAACCAAUCUACUCCAGCGACGUGGUUCCCAUGACGAUCGAACGCAUACUUGGUUGGAAACUGCCCCGAAUCCAAUUCCGUCCAAAAGUUCACCCGUUGCCCUUUCAUCACCAGCGCUUGCUUUAUCUUCAGAAACCGAGCUUGUCAAUAAACCCGAUAUGCUAUGUACAUCGACCAUACAUCAAUCCACUUCAACCUUGAGCUCCAGUCCAUUCUCCUCCGUAGACAACCGAUUGUUGGUCUCUCCAUCACCAACGAUUAGUAGCAUCGAUCCGAGCGAGUCUCCUCAUCAUUGUUCAUCGUUUUCCUUCAACAGCGUUAGCAGCAAUACAUCGCUAGAUAGUCUGGGAUGCUAUCAGUUUGACACGUACGAGAGCGAGAUGGAAUCCCGCCGCCCACCUAUUUCAGUUCCGCCCAACCUGGAAAGGUGCGUUGUCCGUGUCCUACAGUACAAAAGCAACGGUCGCUUUAACAGUCUUAUACUUAGAGACGUCUAUGGUUUCAAGCGGGUCACAUCAUGGAUCUCAUUCCAAGACCUGAUACGUUUCGACGAUUAUUAUUAUCCCAUCCUGCUGGAACAAGAACAGAAAUGGCAGCAACUUUUGCGUGAUCAUGACCAACGGUGGCCCUUGGCCGAUAAAUCUCUACACGAAUACGUCAGAAAAGGCGUUCCUUACCAACUCAGGGGAAAGCGGGGCCGCUCAAAAAAUUGCAGCGAAUGCUGGCUUAUACGAGUCGUUACUAAAGACCGCAGUCGCCAUGGGAGAACAUAACGAGUACGCCGAGAUCAUAAGUCGAGUAAACAAUAGCGACGGAUCAAUUUCCAUGGUCCCCGACACCAACCCAAAGUUGCAAGCUUUACAAAGAGUGCUUCUGGCCUUCAGCAUCUAUUCACCGCACAUCGGAUAUUGCCAGUCUCUCAAUUAUCUGGUGGGAUUUUUUUUGUUAUUCGUAGACUCGGAAGAAGAGGCUUUCUGGCUGCUUCAGGUCGUUGUUUAUGAUUAUUUACCGGAAAAUGUAUAUGACGUGACCAUGGAGGGAGCCAAUAUCGAUCAAACGGUGUUGAUGU